GAUGAUUUUGAUAAAUUCAAAAAUAGUUAAAGCAGGAUUGAUUGGACUUAUUGGCAUCACUUUAAUAGCCUAAUAAUAAUAAAAUCGAUUUAAAUGUGCUGCUCCCUAUUUUUCAUUCAUUUCUCAUACAGAAUUAUAAUAAUUUCGUCUGAGGUUUCCCAGUCUUUAUGUAUUAGAUAAAUUUCAAGUUGAACAUAUAUUGAGUGUAAUUCGAAACAAAACUACAUAAACUAAAGUAGUAUCAUUAAUAAUUUUAGCAUUUUAGAUUAUAUUCUGAUCGAUUGAUUAGAUUACUAAUAGAAAAGGCUGUGUCAGAGCAUAUCAAAAAAAUGUCACCUUAAGAUGGAUAACAAACUUUAUAAUAAUAAGUGUUAAGUUUUGAGUAGAACUAAUUUUGUGUAGUAGUGAUGAUAAGAUCUGGAAAUGCAUUUUUAGGAGAAGCCCUAAAAGUGCUACCAGGUACAUCAGUUGGAUUCAUUUUAGUUUAGGAACAUCCUUAGACUAAGGAUCCAUAAUUAAUCUAUUGUAAAUUACCAGAUGAUGUGGAUCAAAAAUAAGUAAAAUUAAACAUAAUAAAUUAGGUAAUUCUUACAGAUGCUAUGAUAACAACUGGAGGUAGAAUAACUACAGCUAUCAAAGCAUUAUUAUCACAUGGAGUAAGUUAAGAUAAUAUUACUGCAGUGAAUAUAGUUUCAUGUGAAAAAGGUCUCUCAAAGGUUCUUCAUUAAUUUCCUAAAGUAAAAGUAAUUACUGCAGGAGUGGAUCAUGCAUUAAAUACUAUAUAAGAUCUACGUUUCCCAGGAGUAGGAGAUUUUGGAGAUAGAUAUUUUGGAACUGUAGAUCAAAAAUGA